AUGGCCAACCUGACGACUGGGGCUCUCUCGUUGCCCCUGGUGAGCGUCACGUUGCCCUCGUUCGCUUUGGGCCUUUUGAUCACCUUCAAAACCCAGAGUGGGUAUCAUCGUUUCAUCGAGGGCCGGGAGCUCUGGAACGCUUUAGUCCGGGAGUCCCGGUCCCUCUCGAGCCGAAUUCUUCUUCGAGUGCCGGGUACUGCCGGCAUCGAGUGCACGCCAGUCUACGACGCGCAACAGCAUGCCCUGAAGCUCAUCCGCUGUUUUGCCAUCGCGUUGAAGUAUCACCUGACGGAGGAUGGCUGCAAUCCUCACAUUCAGCUCGGCUCACGCACAACGGAAGAGGACGUGCGGCAAGCUACGACCAGAGCUUUCAAGGCCGAGCUGGGCUGCAUCUGGGAUGCGCGCAAAGCGGAAGAACGGGGCUUGCUCGAUCGUAUCACCUCCACCACUGCGGCGAACCGGCCGCUGCAGAUUCUGCACGAGCUUGAGCAUUUGAACAGCUCGGUCUUCUGCGUGCCCAAGCUUGGGGGCCUCGACCCACCAGCGGCGAACGAAGUGGAUCGCAGCAUCACCAAGCUACACAACGUGCUGGGCGCUUGCGAGAAGAUCUUGCGAACGCCUAUCUACACACCCUACACGCGCUUCACGAGCCGAUUUCUCUUCAUCUGGUGCAACCUUCUGCCGCUGGCACUCUUCCCUGUGGUGGGGCCGGACCUCACCGUGCCUCUCACGCUGACCAUCUCCUUCUUCAUGCUAGGCAUUGAAGAUAUUGGAUCGCGUGUGGAGCAGCCUUUCGAUGUGCUUCCCCUUUGGCAGUAUUGUGAAGAGAUUGACAACUCUUUGGUGCAACUCCUGGAGCACAGCCGUGCCCUAGGCCGCUUGCCACAUGUUGCCGAGAGCGAGCAGGACAGGUACAUCCGCGAGAAGCUCGGCCCCUUCGUGAGCAGCAUAUCUGUGUGA